CUUAGUAGUGUUGUUUCUAGAAAAAUUGUAGUGGGAUAACUUCGCCUGUUUAAAAAGUAGUAUGAAUUAUUAAAAGAAGAUUGUUUUCACCCAUUUAACAUGUCUUAUGAGAUUAUUCUCCCAUAAUGAUGAUAGAGAAGCUAAGAGCAACAUCACCUCCUUGCCGCUAAAAUCACCAAUGGCUACAUCGAAGAUUAUACUGUCAAUCAUUCUGCUGCUAUGGCGAUACGUCAAUGCAGAUGUUUGCGAUGGCUUUUUUAAGAUGCCGAAAUCCAUGCUGAAGGGUCACGUGAUUGAGACAAUAACAGCAACCGAGAAAGACUGUCGAGCGAUAUGCAGGCGCAACAGCGCUUGUAACUCAAUCAACUACAUCCGUAAAACGUCGCAAUGUGAGUUGAAUAGCGAUACCCAUUUUGCGUUCCCUGAACAUUUCAUUCCUGGCAGAGCACCUGACGCGUACUACGCUAUUGUGAAACCAGUGACCAAGUGCAGUAACAUGUUCUGUAGCAGUGGUAUGACGUGCAAGAUGCGAGAAGGCGGAAAGACAUACAAGUGUGAAGAUGUGAAUGAGUGUGACACCUCAAACCCUUGCCAUGUGAACGCCACGUGCACAAAUACCGUGGGCUCAUACGAAUGCUCGUGCAAGCCCGGUUUAGUUGGGGACGGUCUUAAGUGUGCCGUUGUUGGAUGCGUGCUGCAUUUUGCAACAAACAGUACAUCCAACUUUAUCCAACUCAGCCAGCCGCUUGCAUGGUUUUAUAGCUUUACAGUAACAGUGUGGCUGAAAAUGGGCGCAGUUGACAACGGAGACCCCGCUAUGAUACUGACGUACGCAACGCCCGCGAAAGUGGAUGCACUGACCAUUGGUAUCAGCAGGAAUGGUAGCGCAGAGAUUACGUUUGAUGGAUCAAAAGUUACACUCGCAUCUGGUUUCACUCAUAACAACACAUGGCAGCAUCUAACAUUUAUGCAUAUAAAUGGGAAAUUCCAAGUUUACAAGAACAAUGUCUUACAAGGGGAGAAAACAGUUUCAGGGACCUCUGCACCCAGCACAAACGGUAUCGUGGUAAUUGGCCAAUACCAGGGGUCAGUUGGGGGAAAUUUUGACUCUUCCAAGCUGUUCUACGGCUACAUGGCGAACCUGAAUAUCUGGUUAUACGCAAUUAAUGAUGAUACUAGGGGCAAAGCUCACCAACAAGGAUGUAAAGGCUCAGUACAAGGCUCCCCGAAUUUGUCAUGGGAGACUAUUACCGGUGAAACGCUCUCAGGCGACAUACAACCACAAUGCGCGAUGACAUGCCCUUAAAACAUAUCAAGCCAUUAAUUUGAUAGGCCUUAUUACUUUUUAAGACACCACAUCUAUGCCUUAAUUAUUAUAUUUAUAAGGCUUAACAACUCGUCAACAUCAUCAUCAUCACCACCAUCAUCGUCAUAAUCAUCGCAUAUCGCCAUCAUCACAACCAUGAACGUGAUCAUCAACUUUGUCACAGGAGUUUUAUGACAACGUAGAUAGGACAAGAUAGGACAGCAUCGAUUUGAUGCUUGCUUUAUUUCCUCGUAGAACUCCCUCCGGUUCGUCUGCUCUCUGUCUCUGACUAAACCUCGGUCAGGCCAUCUUCAGUGUGACUCUGACCCCUUUACAUCGCCUCUGAUUCUCUCUCUCUUCUGAUCUCUUCUAAACUGAAAUCUUAUUUUCCUCUCUUCUCUCUCUCCUCCGAUCUCUUCUGAACUGAAAUCUUAUUCCCUCUUCUUGAUCACAUUGUUAUCGCCUCUUUAUAUACUAUCGUGACUCUUUAGUUAUUCAUACGUUUUGAGCGUUACUUAGCUAGGUGUGAGAAAGGGAAAAAGUUUAAAUGAGAAAAGAGCACCUGGUUUUCCAAGACUCAUUAGAAUCACACAUUCAUCACAAGGUGUUGGAAAUGGUUCGCGGCAAUGGUUUUGAUGCUUUGGAAAUUUUUUGUAUUCGUGGAAUUACGUGUCCCUUACUCUAGUUGCGUGACUUGAGUUGCGUGACAACUUCAUCAUCACGGCCAUUCGUAUACAUAUGACCAACAUGUAUCAUCUAAUGUGCAUAUUUUUUAUCAUACAUGUUGUAUUCAUACACUGAAAACGUUAUCUCUCGUUUUGUAGUUUUAUUCUAUUCGUCAUCAUAAUCACGAUUAUUAUCAUUAUUAUUACACUCGUUAUCGUAGUAUUUACCGAAUAAUACAGAGUAUAGAACAGUGUCAUAAAAUGAGAAAUUCGAUUGCGCUGCUACUAGGCAAGAUUAUUUAGUAGACAGCGAUGGAAAACACUAUUCCAUCCGAUACCAUGCGAUUAAACCAGCUCUUUUGUUUUAAAAUGACGGUAUUUUUUCGGGAAAAAAAUUUGGAUAACUAUAACCAGUGGAGAGGCAUAGUAGUAUCAUUUUCUGCAUGCUUUUAUUGUUAGAAAACGAGUAGGCGUUUUUUUCCUGGUUUAAGGCUGUACACAAAGCGAAAUCAGUGACAAAUGUCAACAGGUCAACUUUCCAUAGCUUUACAUUCAAGCAAUACUUUACAUUUGUGCUGGUUUUUACGUGGGUUGUCGCGUGCGCAGUUUUCAGCACAAUUUAGUAAGGAUACUUAUCUUAUCACUUGCCUUUGGGGUUAAAGGACCGGGGUGCACAAACGAAAUUCUUGUGAAGAAAAUUCAACUGUGAAAAGGCUCCGAGCGAUGACGUCGCAUUUGAAUCUAUUUUACCAUGUUGGGAUUUCAAAGAGAUUUCUCGCGUUUUUUUAGCCUAUUGUUUACAAUUUUAGCAUAUUAUUAACAAUUAGAAUCAGACUUCUUUUACAUCUAGACUAAACCUCUCUGCAUCAAAUAAAAAGGUAAACAAAUUAAUCAGUUGCAGAACAAUGUUUAGAUAAUUCACUAGCUUUUUAGUCAUUUUUUCGUGCCUUGGACCGUGUUUUUUUUGCGAAGAAAGCAGAGGUUGAUUUUCAAGAUAGGCGGUUGUGAUGGCCGCCAUUAUUCGACCAUGCUUUUGCAAACGAGCUAUGACGUCACUGGCAGCGAUCAUCAGGGAACAAAAGAACCCUUGGAGAUACCUCCUCCCUCCUGGACUCUGCCAAAUUUUCGUCUUUAAUAAGACUUCUUCAGGGCCAGAAGAAGUCUUGUUAAAGACGAAAUUUUGGCAGAGUCGAAUUCCAGUUUUUGGUGUAUUGUAUUCAUUCUUCUGGUUCACGAACACGACUAUUUAGGCUUUUUGUAUUUAAAGCAUCAUCAUAGUAUAUACUACUUGUACCGUUAUAUAUCAGGGGCUCAUAAGUUGAGGGAAUCAUCUGUAUCGUAAAAGAGUCUGCCCAGAAGAAGUCUUAUUAAAGACGAAAAUUUGGCAGAGUCGAAUUCCAGUUUUUGGUGUAUUGUAUUCAUUCUUCUGGUUCACGAACACGACUAUUUGGGCUUUUUGUAUUUAAAGCAUCAUCAUAGUAUAUACUACUUGUACCGUUAUAUAUCAGGGACUCAUAAGUUGGGGCAAUCAUCUGUACUGUAAAAGUGUCAAAUAUAUACUGUGUACAGACAGAUUAUAAAUCGUAUUAAUUUUCGAACUUUAAAUUCUUUAAUAAAAUAACUUAAAAUAAAGCAUCAACAUUCGAUGUGCUACUUCUUACCUUACUGUUAAUUAACCAAUCAGAUAGCGAGAUUAAGCGAAUUCUAAACUUACUGUUAGUUACUGGCCAUAUAAAAAACCUUAUAAUAAUUUAGACUCUAAGCGAAACAAAAAUUCGACAUCGAAACAAUUAUUACCUAUUUUCGUUUGCAAGACAUGAAAAAAUGUCCUAGUAACAACGCUUGUGGAGAAAAAAUAAUUCAAGGCUAUUAAGAAAAUGUUUUUUUCUCCAGGAUUAAUAAAUUAAAAGAUAAAAAUAAAUCGUUUUCCCCCUUCUAUAGGCCAACAUUUUGGAUUCCUUUAGAAAAAGUCAAAUUUUCAGUAUCUGUCAUCUGACUGGCUAAUCCGCACGUCUAAAAAUAGUUUGAUCCAGAGAAACGCCGUGGUUCCUAACUGAUACCAAAAUGUGGCGAAGUUGAUUCCUCCUACUUAUGAGGCCCUGGUUUUAUCUACUAUAUCUAUAUAAUUUAUCAUUUGCACAGAAAAAAAACGCUUUGAUGUAAAGAGUACAUGGCCGUAUAUACCUGGGAAUACGACCAAGUACUGGACUAUGCUAGGCACAUAGCAAGUUGGCCAAAUGUAAUAUGAAAAGAUCAGGGAAAUAAAUAACAUAAAAACUUCUUAAACAGUAAGUUUUUAAAAAUCAAGUUCACUUACAAGUAGGCCUAUAAAUAUCAGCUUGGUACCUAUGCGUAAAUGUGUAAAUAAAGGAGAGGAAGAAGCAAA